AUGCCCAACACGAGGGACCGCAAGGUCUUGAGGACCGACGAUGUGGUAAACCUCAAGGAGGAAGAGAAGAGAAAACUGCUCGCGGAACACCUCCCAGACGGUCCGCCCGAAGACACGCAACGCGAGUGGCGCGACGAUGACAUCCCCCCCAAGGGCAGGUUUGGCCUGCGCCGCGCCCUUCGUUCGAAGCUGCAUCUCGCCGUUUACAUGAUCCUGCACGCCUUCUUCUCCCUGUACAUCAGGAUACGACAGGCAUGGCACCUGGUGUGCUACCACGUAUCCUCCAUCUUGUUCUACCACCACCGGACACCGGAAUACAUUGAGCGAGACGUCGUUGCCUUGAAGAGGAAGCCGAAGCACCUUAGUGUCAUCUUGAAGCGGGAAGCGGGCGGCAGACACGGCGCUGAGCUGGAGAGACUGGUUGCCGAGGCGGCCGAGGUUGCCGUGUGGUGCGUCUGCGCAAAGAUUCCCGUCUUGACGGUGUACGAGCGAACAGGCCUCCUCAAGCACUACCUUCCUCACCUCCAGCAGUCCAUCAUUCAGAAGUCUCGAUCCUAUUUCGGCAGACACCAGCCGGCCCUUACCGUGGCCAUGCCCCACGCCGACGAGGUUCUCGAAUCCCCAGCCCACGGUGACUUCGUGCGCGAUGAUCCCCGUCACCUCAAGGUUCUCUUCAUCUCCGCCGAAGACGGCCGGGACUCCAUGGUCGAUCUCACCCGCACCCUGGCCGAGAUGUCCCAGAAGGGCAAGCUUCACCCUCGUGACAUCAGCACUGAUCUGAUUGAUGCGGAGCUGUCCGAAGGCAUCAUGCCUGAGCCCGACUUGCUCAUCUCCUUCGCUCCCUACGUCGAUCUGGAUGGCUACCCGCCCUGGCCUAUCCGGCUGACCGAGAUCUUCUGCCUGCCGGACAACCAGGGCGUCGGCUACCAGGUCUUUUUGAGAGCGCUAAACAACUACGCCAGUGCGCAGUUCCGCAAAGGCAAAUAA